UCUAAUUGAUUUCCGGUACGAUUUCCGGUUCUCUUGCCCUGCCAUCUGAUGAGAGCGAGAAAAGGUUCGAGAAAUGUAACGAUAAAUGUUUCACCAAGAAUUUACAUGCAACGAAAUACGAAAACCGUUAAAAAAAGUUAACGUUAUUAAGUUUUCCGCGGCGCAGUAUCACGUACGUUCUGUUGGUUGAUGAAAAAAAAGUGGCGGCAAGCGCGGGAAGUUUAGCAGACGACAGUUGAGCGUCACUUGGGAAUCCCGCCCUGCGACCGCCACUCGACUGCGCCCUCACGAAAAUGUCUUCCGAAGACCUGCCUCGUUUCAGCCUCAUCCGAAAAUACUUCUCGGAUGAAGAAUGGAACACCAUGUCAUUCUACGUGAAAUCAAGGAUGACAAAUCUCAAGGAAAACUACGAUCUUCUCCUAGGAAUGGGCUGCACUCCACCGGUGCCCGACUUCAUCAAGCCGAAGCCCUCUUCAAGACCUGGAUUGGCAGGGACGAAGCAGGCCUCGACCAGUGCCGCCGCAGGAUCAUCCGGGAAAGAGAACAGGCCCCCCAAGAGCGCCGUGGCGGGAGCAGCGACGCCCCUGCAGCGAGGAAGUUCCCGCCUGGCUUCGAGGUCCGGCGUGAAGCCGCUCUCCGCUGCGCAGGAGAAGCGGGAGGAGGAAUACGAUCCCGGAGAGGGCACCUCGAGCCAGACGCGGUACCCGAAGCGGAGCCGCAAGUCCGUCAACUACGCCGAGUGCGAAGUUCCCUCCGAGGACGAGUUCUUCUACUGCCUGGAGUGCGGCGAAGACCGGCACGGCGACUGUCCCGUCCACGGACCCCUCGAGUUCGUCAAGGACACACCGGUGCGUGGCCGGGGCGGCUACCUUGUGGACGCCCGGCCCCUGUCGGAGUCCAACUGGAUGCGCUACGUCAACUGCGCCCCGAGCGAGAAGAGCCAGAACCUCGUGGCUUUCCAGCACAGGGGAGGCGUCUACUACCAGACAAAGGCCAAGAUAGCGCCGGGGACCGAGCUGCUCGUCUGGUACGGGGACGAGUUUGGCGCCGAGCUAGGACUCGUCGAAGCCAAGGACGGAGCCCAGAAGAAGCACCAAGAAGAGGGGCCGUCCCUUGAGGGGCCAGUGCAGACCUUCGCGUGUGGGGACUGCGACAGCGUCUUCGCUUCCCUCGAGCACCUCCAGGGACACCGGAAGACGGUGCACGAGAGGAGAGGGGGCAGGCACCGAUGCGGUCACUGUCCCUACUCCAGCGAUAAGAAACCAGACCUAGUCAGGCACCAGCGCACCCACACGGGAGAGAGGCCCUUCAAGUGCGGCACCUGCGGCAAGGCUUUCACGCAGCAGGGCCACUUGACCACGCACCAGAAUGUGCACACGGGCGAGCGGCCUCACGAGUGCGCCGAGUGCGGGCAGAAGUUCGCCCGGCUGGGACACCUGAGGAUGCACGAAAAAACGCACAGCGGAGAGCGGCCCCACGUCUGCCCAGAGUGUGCGAGAGGAUUCGUUAAGAGAGGUGACCUCGCAAGGCACAGGCGAACCCACUCCGGCGAGAAGCCCUAUGCCUGCCACCUGUGCUCCUACAGGACCUCUGAUUUAAGCCACUUGAAGAGGCACGUGAUCCUGGUGCACUCGAAAGAGUAUCCCCACAAGUGCGGGGACUGCGGCAGAGGGUUCCUGCUCCCAUAUGAACUCAGAAGCCACAUGAGGAAGCAGCACUCCUCCGACGACCUGGAGCGGUAGAUGGACUCCGUGAUGGGGGAGGGGGGAGGGGCACCGGGUCCU